AUGCGCGAAAGAACGAUAGUAAAGUACGAGGAGGACCUUUCUCCAACAGAAGAGCGACAUGAACGACUGGACGAUGUUUGCAAGAAGCAUCAGGUUGUGUCACACAGAACAGAUGUCCAGCAGACUCACCAUUUGAAAGAGGAAGAUCCACAUCCCCCUACAGUAAAAGAGGAAGAGGAGAAACCACAGCGCAUUAAAGAGGAAGAGGAGGAGCUCUGGAUCACUCAGGAGGGAGAGUGUCUUCUAGGACCACAGGAGGAGGAUGAUCUCACCAAGUUUCCACUGACUGGUGUCUCUGUGAAGACUGAAGACCGUGAAGAGAAACCACCUGAGUCCUCACAGCUUCAUCACAGUCCAAACGUUGGUCAUUCAGAAGGACUUCAACCUCAGCCGCAGUGUGAAGGCUACACUUUGAAGCGAGAGCGUCCACGCCCCCCCCACAUUAAAGAGGAAGGGGAGGAAUUCUGGAUAACGCAGGAAGCUGAUCUCACCAAGUUGCCACUGACUGUUGGCUCUGUGAAGACUGAAGAUGAUGAAGAGAAACCACAACCAGACAACCUCUUAGCUCCACUAUCCGAUAGUGAGGCUGAAGACGACGUUGAAGAACCUUUGAGCAGCGAUACAGACUGUGAAGGUGAUAUGAGAACUCACACUGACAACAAACACUCAGGAUUCUCUAAAAAGAAGAGAGGUAAAACACAUUUAAACUGCUCAGUUUGUGCUAAAAGCUUCACCCAAAAGAACUCUUUGACUCAACACAUGAGAACACACGCGGGAGAAAAGAUGUUUAGUUGUUCAUUUUGUGGUAAAACAUUUUCUCAUGAGAUCUAUUUGACCAGACACAUGAGAACGCACACAGGAGAAAAACCAUUUAAGUGUUCAGUUUGCGGUAAAUCUUUUUCCCAAAAGGCCAACUUGAAUUCACACAUGAGAACACACACAGGGGAGAAACAAUGUAUUUGUUCAGUUUGUGGUAAACAUAUGUCUCGUAAGACACAUUUGACAGUACACAUGAGAACACACACUGGAGAGAAACCGUUUAGUUGUUCAGUUUGCGGUCGAAAUUUUUCUUUGAAGGCCCAUUUGACAGGACACAUGAGAACGCACACAGAAGAGAAAUCAUUCAAUUGUUCAGUUUGUGGUAAAAAAUUUUCUCAAAAAGCCCAUUUGACAGGACACAUGGAAAUACAUAAAGGAGGGAAACAAUCUAUUUGUUCAGUUUGCGGUCAAAACUUUUCUCGUAAGAUCUAUUUGACCAGACACAUGAGAACUCAUAAUGGACAGAAACCAUUUAAAUGUUCAGUUUGUGGUUCAAAUUUUUCUCAAAAGGCCAAUUUGAAUGCACACAUGAGAACACACACAGGAGAGAAACCAUGGAUUUGUUCAAUUUGCGGCAAACAUAUGUCUCGAAAGACAUAUUUGACAGUACACAUGAGAACACACACAGGAGAAAAACCGUUUAAUUGUUCAGUUUGCGGUCAACAGUUUUCUUCUAAGGCACAUCUGACAGGACACUUGAGGACGCACACAGGAGAUAAACCAUUUAAUUGUUCAGUUUGCAUUCAAACUUUCUCUCAAAGGCCCCAUUUGACGGCACACAUGAGAACGCACACAGGAGAGAAACCAUUUGAUUGUUCAGUUUGCGGUCAAACGUUUUCCCAAAAGUCCAAUUUGACAGGACACAUGAGAACACACACAGGAGAGAAACCCUUUAAUUGUUCAAUUUGUUGUAAAAGCUUUUCGUCCAGGCAAGUUUUAAAUCAACACACCAUUAAACACGCUGCGGAAAACAACAUUUAGUUAGUUUGCAUAUAACGUCACAUCUGUUUUACGUCAAUUCACGUGAUGGUCAACCAGCUUGAGCGUAGCAUUAAAAUAAGUGAGAGUGAGUUUACAGUUUGAGUACCAACAUAAAAAGCAAUAUUACUGUUCUGUUCUUGGGUGUUCCAGUCGUUCAAAUAGAGAUAUAGGAAAGAGCUUUCAUAGAGUCCCGAAAGAAGUGGUUCAGAAGUGGUUAGACCGGAUUUGAAGUGUCGGGCUAUUAUUGUGGAGCCUUACGUUUGUGCCUGGUAUAAGAAAAGACUUUACAUAUUUUGAAGAUAUUCUCUGAUUUAGGUGACUUUAGACUUCCCCUCGAUGGUCUUUUUUUUUUGCUGAGCUUUUAUUCCAUCUUAAUAUAGCAGUUUGAGUACCAAUCUACAUGUUAUUUUAUUUUGGCACUAAACUAUAAUGUAAACAUAGACGUGAAGCUCCUCCUCUCCACAAGCGCCAAUGUGCGCCAGCAGAGUUUGCUCCAAUGAUGUCGUCUGAAGAACUGUAUAAUUAUGUGUGUGUAUAUAUGGAAGUAUGCAUACCGUAUUUUCCGCACUAUUAGCCGCACCUAAA